AUGGAUAGCGUUAAAAAAAGAUUCAGUCACAUUCAGCCGCUGAAGUCGAACCGAGAAGAAAUUAGUCCAAGAAACUCAAGAGAGACGGCGGAAGAUGCAUAUAAUGGAUUAUCGCCCGAGUUAGUGCCAAUAGUGACAUUAUUAUCUUCGCAAUCACAUCGGAGAUACUAUGAAGGUAUUAUUAUGCUCUACUAUGAUUUGAAUGGAGAUGGAAAGCCAGCAGAUAGAGAAUGGAAAGAAGUUUAUGGAAUCUUGACGGGGAACCAAUUGGCAUAUUGGGAUGCUGCCCACUUAGCGGCAUUCAGAAAUAGUCCUGAAGCGUUGUUGGAAACGUCGUCGAAGCCGAACUAUAUCAAUUUUACCGAUUCGGUGUAUAAUGCGAUGAAGUCUUUACCAGCGGCCAAAAGAAACUUGGACAAUGUUAUUAUUGUAUCGACGACGUUGAAAAACAGAUAUAUUAUGCAGUUUAAAACGUAUCUGGAUUUACAGCAUUGGUACUUGGCCUUGAGGUUGGCUAGCUAUGAAUAUCUGUCGUUGCAAGAAGCUUACACUGGUGCAUUGUUAUCUGCAAGAGGUUCGAGGUUGUCUGAUAUCCGUACUAUUUUGGCAGAGAAGAGAUUCGACCACGAAGACUGGGUCAGUAUCAGAUAUGGUUCGGGUAUGGCUUGGAAGAGAUGUUAUGCUGUGAUCGAACCUUCAGUGCUAAAAAAGAAAAGUUUCCAACCUGGGAGAAUUUUGUUUUAUGAAUCGGAACAGAAAAAGAAGAAGCAAUUGAUGGCAGUAGUAGUGGGUGCCAGUAGCGUAACUGCAACUUAUCCCCAAUCUCAUUUGUUGAUUGACCAUAGUACCAUGUUGAAAGUCGAAGCAUCAAUUAACUUUAAGUCACCUUCCUUAUCUAGUAAAAUUUCGAAACAAGCAAAGGGAGAUUUUAAGAGUACCUCGAUAUUUUUGAUGCCUGAGCAACAUUCAUCUGUGCCAGGUUUCGAUACGUUGAUAAGGUUUUUGAUGCCAUUGAUGGAUUCAUUUGGGUUAUAUGGGAGACCUAAAAGAUUAAAGGCUGAUAGAAUUGAUCCAGAUUCUUUGUUGUUUGGCUUACCUACUUUACCUCAUGUUCAUUAUCUUGAAUUGGCUGAUUUACUUCCUUUGGUGUCUAGAGAUGACUUCUUGUCAUGGGAUGUAAAACAAUGGUCUUCUAGUAUGAAGGAUAUUAUGAGAGGGAAGUUGAGUAAGGGUUAUGAAGGAUGCGGUAGUUCUAGAGGAGUAGUGGGUGCUAUAACUUCAUUAAACAGUCCUACUCUGUCUGAUCACAAAAUUCCAACCCCUCCACCUAAGGAUACUUAUUCGCAAGUUUCUUCGCAGCAAAAAUCUCAACAGUAUCCAGUUCCAAUUCAACUGCAACAUCAAAAUCAACAUUUACAACGUAAGCCUCCAAAUCAAGAUCAAAAUCAAAAUCAAACUCAACCAUUUGAUCCUUAUCAAACCCGUGUCACAUCAAAUGGCUCCAAAAAUGUUAACAACUUGACUAUCAAUCCAAAUGCGGAUAAGCAAACUCUUGUUGUACCAGCAAACACUGAGGGUGUGCGUCAUCAAAAUCCUGAUGGGCAUCGUUCGACUCAGCUAGCAGAAAUAUAUCAGAAAUACGCUACUAUUAAAAGUCCUUCUGAUCAGUUUCAUAAUGAUAGAAAUCAAUUAUUGAAUGGAUCUGCUGAAGACUUUAAUGAAGAUGAAAUGCCGGAUGCUAUUCAAUCGCUUACUUUGAAUGGUGGCCCUUCUGAUGCAAUGUAUCCUGCAAAUGACGAUAAUUUGUUCAGUGACGAAAAUGAUGAAGAAAGUGAAGAAAGUGAAGAAGAAACAACGCCAAGACAGGUAGGUACAAUUCCUCAAAUUAACUUGAACGGUAAUUUAGAAUUACCGCAAUAUCAAGAUAGAAAUAGUAGUUAUUCUUCUGUUAAAUCUCCAGUGACUCAAUAUAAUGAGUUUAAUGAACAAUUCAAACAAAAUGUGGUCGAUAGAAAUGCUGACUCAAGGCACUUUGCAUAUCCAAGCGCAUACAAUAAUUCUAGUUCCGACGAGGAUAUUCCUGCACCACCACCUCACGAACUGAAACCUACUACCAAUUUAACAAAAUCCAAACUUUCCUACAAUUUACCUCAAAAUAUUAAUACUGUUCCUCAUGGUGCUACAACUCCACGAGCAACAAAGGGUGAUCGUUUGUCCAUACAUUCAGAAGCAGGAAAAGUCACUAGUGGUAACUCUUCACCUUAUUCAAAUGAAUCAGAGGAAGAUAGCAAAAAGUAUUCUUCAACACUUUAUCAGCCACAAUCGGAAUCACAACUAUCCUCUCAAUAUCCUAAUCAACUGAGACAAGGCCAUUCGCAUGAUCAGCCUCAAAAUCCACAGGCACAAAAUUUGUCUUCACCCCAGUCGGCAUUAGCGCCUGGUCCACAAGCGCAAACAUUAGCUCCAAGUAAGGGUUAUAAACAACCCCCUCUUCCAGCUCCUGUGCAAGUCCAACUCAAUCCUCAAGUACAUAAAGGGAGACACGCUUAUGGUCCUCAAGGGCAGAAAAGUCAGGUUCCACAAGCUCCUCCGCAACAGCAAGUAUACCCACAAUCAUUGCAAUUUGGAUAUCAACCUCAGCCUCAACCUCAGCCUCAACCUCAACCUCAGCCUCAACCUCAACCUCAGCCUCAACCCCAACACACCAGUGGUAAACCCAGAAUGAUGCCGCCAUCGAAUCAGUACCGUGGAGGUAAUUCGGGUUAUCAUCCAGGUCAACCAAAGCAUCAACAGCAACCACAUCCUCAACAGGGAUAUCCACGUCAGCAGUUUCACGAUGGGAUCCCAGCAUCAGUGAGCUUCAAUAAUUCAUCUCAUCAACAAAAGCCUGGUCAACAAUAUAGUCAACCCUAUAACAAUCGUAUCCAUGCCCCACAGGGUGCUCCCCAGCAAAUGGGCCUGCAACAAGGACCAUUUCAACAGCAACGAAAUUAUUCAAGCGGUUAUAUACCAAGACAAAAUGAUAUAACUACUCAGCAACAACAAUACCCACAGCAGACAGCUAAUGUGAAUGUUCCACCUACUCAUUAUCAAAAUCAUGCAAACAGUGGUGUUCCGCCUUCUGCUAUGAAUCGUGGACCACAAUAUCAAGGUGGACAAUCAAGACCAUACUGA